AGGAGGGAAUAAAGUUAGGGUUUUGCGAUUUCACAGUAUAAAACGAACUGAGUGUGGUCUUCACUCUUCGCCUUCGUACCUUUCAACAUUCAGAUCUUCUUGGUCAUCUGAAUCAAGUUUUAACGUGGUUUGAAGAGUUUCUCAACUGCCCUUCAUUUUCUGCCAAAAUGAGCCGGCCAAUGGAGGAAGAUACCACUAAGAAUGAGGAAGAGGAAUUCAACACUGGACCAUUGUCUGUACUCAUGAUGAGUGUUAAAAAUAAUACCCAGGUACUGAUAAAUUGUCGGAACAACAAAAAGCUUCUGGGCCGUGUCAGGGCUUUUGAUAGGCACUGCAACAUGGUUCUUGAAAAUGUCAGAGAGAUGUGGACUGAGGUGCCAAAGACUGGUAAAGGAAAGAAAAAGGCCCAGCCAGUCAACAAGGAUAGAUUCAUCAGCAAAAUGUUCCUCCGAGGAGAUUCUGUCAUCAUUGUUCUUAGGAACCCAAAAUGAGUUAGUGUUGCGAUCAGCGUGUACAAGUAAUUGGCUCUGUAGUCUUGCCUUUUUCAUUAUGUUGAAUUCUUGAUAACCAUAUAUGGUGUAGACGUUCCCCCUUUGGAAUUUAUUUACAUGUUUGGACAUCGGCGGGGGAUGUAGAUGGUAUUUUGAUGAGGACGCCUGAGAACGAUUAAACAAAUUUCCGGAUCUCUUUUCAAUUCUGUACGUAUUAACGUGUACAUCUAAUGAUUGUAU